GCUGCGUCUCCUGCAGAGUACAGAGUUAGCUUAGCACUGUAGCCUAGCUAAGGUAGCGAAGUCGUGUCCUAGACCAUAAUUAACAUUAGCUAAGUAGCUCAAUAGCUCAACAAUGAGGCUCACGGGGCUUCUUUAGUUUUCAAGUUGUAUUUAUAAGGCAUAGUCACUAUUUAUAUUAUUAGUACUGUACAGUAAUUUAAAUUAGAGGUAGAAUAAAUGCUAUAUGCUAACUUGACCCGAGUUUAAAAGUUUAGGUUGGUUAGCUUAGAUAGCUAAUAUUAACUUUUCUCCAAACAUGGCUGGACCCGAGCUGCUGCUGGACUCCAGUAUUCGUCUGUGGGUAGUUCUGCCCAUUGUCUUUAUCACGUUUUUUGUUGGAGUUCUGCGUCAUUAUGUCACUCAGCUUUUACAGAGUGAUAAGAAAGUGGACCUGGAGCAAGUCUCUGACAGCCAGGUGUUGAUACGCAGCCGCGUUCUCAGAGAGAAUGGAAAGUACAUCCCUAAACAGUCAUUUGCCAUGAGGAAACAUUACUUUAACGAUGCUGAAACGGGUUUCUUCAAGAAGGUCAAGAGGAAAGUGGUGCCCAAAAAUCCUAUGACUGAUACCAGCAUGUUGACUGACAUGAUGAAAGGAAAUCUCACCAACGUGCUGCCAAUGAUUGUAAUCGGUGGCUGGAUCAACUGGGCUUUCUCUGGGUUUGUCACUACUAAGGUUCCCUUUCCACUGACUCUGAGGUUUAAACCGAUGCUGCAGAGAGGGAUUGAACUGCUGUCGCUGGAUGCGUCCUGGGUGAGUUCAGCCUCUUGGUAUUUCCUUAAUGUGUUUGGGCUGCGGAGCAUGUACUCUCUCAUACUCGGGCAGGACAACGCUGCGGACCAGUCUAGAAUUAUGCAAGAUCAAAUGACCGGAGCAGCCAUGGCUAUGCCACCUGACCCCAACAAGGCCUUCAAGAGUGAAUGGGAAGCUCUGGAGAUCGUUGAGCACAAGUGGGCUCUGGAGAACGUGGAGGACGAACUGAUGUCUCAAGACCUGAACUUUAGAGGACUCUUCAGUCAGGAUCCCAAAAAGAUGUUUUGAUGGUAGCAAAAAAACAAAAAACAGUAAACUAAAAUAGAAUAUGAUGGUAGUUGAUGCACUGUUAUGAACAAAACCCUCAAAAUCAAUUAUGAUUAUAAUCAUUAUUCAUUCCCGUAAAAUUUCUGUUGAUUAAUUAUCUUUUGUCCCAUUGUUUUUCUUUCUUUUUUUUGGCUGAAAUGUCUUACAGGCUGAAAGAUGAUUAAGAUGUCAGUGCAUCAUCACUUAAUUUUUGUCAUCGUUUAUUUUGAAAUAUUUGUUCUUUGCAAUGUGCCCAAAUUUCAAUGAAUAGAGCAAGAUGCUCUUUUAUACAUUGGUUUUCUUUUUUUUCUGUAAAAUUGAUGUUUUUGGAGUUUUUUUGCAUAACAGUGAUAAUGAUGAUGAUGAUGAUGAUGAAGAUAAUGGCCCUGUAAAUUAUGCAAUAACUGCUUGUAUAAAUGGUUAAGAGAAAAACGAGCUGAAUUCAGGAGAUACUGGACUGUAGUGGUUGCGCUGUAUUGUUUUUUUUUUCUUUUUACCCAAAAUCUUGACUUAUACUUUUUUUGUUGUUUGUGAGGAGAAUAAUUUUUUGUUAGUUUGUUCUUGUGUGUUAUAAGUAUUAUACCUCAUCUUCUUCAGUAUUGCCUUAAUUACAUGUUGAAGACAGCCUUUAAAUCAGGUAUGUGUGUGUGUGUGUGUGUCUCUCUCUCUCUCUCUCGUAUAGUGUUAUCUAUACCACCCAUGCCUUCCUCUCUAAAAGUCUUCCUGUCUCUGCCUUCUGCUUAUAUAAUGAGACCCUGAAUGUGGAUCGAUUCUUAUUGCUGCCUGUGAGUCAGAACUUUCACUGAUGACGAAAUAAAGUGAUUUCUUGAAGAAAUAAUGGCA